UCUGACGCUCGACGAGUGCAGCGGAUGGACUGAGACUCGAUUUAGGUGCGCGGGAGGGAGGGGAGGGGGGCGGGGCGGGGCUGGGCGGGCGGGAAGGAGGGCACGGACGGGAGUCUGGAUGUGACUCGCUCGCAAACGUGAGCUGCCAAAAUUCGGGAAACGAUUUCUUUGCGAAAAGCCAGUUUGCUCACUCUGUCCCCGCGAAUGGCGAUGCGAUUCGAAGAUUUGCGCUCCCUCGUGCAGCAGUUCUGACGCUCUGAAAUCUGAGACAUCCCCCAGAAAGCGCCUGAUUUCUAUAAAAUUACCAACUGCCCUUGCCGUCUUCGGCUGCCAAUUGGGGAUCCCUGCUCGCCUGCCUGCCUGCCUGCCUUCCUUCCUUCCUUCCUGCCCUCUCCUCUCUGCUCUGCUCUCUCUCUAAGGGCCGGCCCCCGCUCCCUGCUCGCUCGCCGUAUCGCCCCGCAUCAGACUGGUUUCGGUAGGUUGGAAUCGAGGAAGCGAUAAAACUUAAGGGGUAUGAGGUUUGUCGAGGGAACGAGCCAGCCGCAGAGGAUAUGAAAGUCAUCGAGGGGCGCGGGGAUCUGUGAGCAGGAAGAGAAGAUUCGACUGGUGACGAAAUUGGAGGCGUCGAGUAGCGUCGACAUGAUCGGAAACGUCGGCCCCAAGGGCCAAGUGACCAAGUGGGUUGGAUUAGCGGCAGGGAUAUGGGUGCAAGCUCUGGCAGGAAAUGGGAACGUGUUUGCGCAUUAUUCCACGGCUUUGAAAAACGUUUUGCAGAUCAACCAAGUGCAACUCAACAAUCUAGGAGUGGCCAAGGAUUUCGGAGAAAAUGUCGGUCUUCUCGCCGGAGGUCUGUGUAAUCUCCUCCCGACAUGGGUCAUUCUUCUCAUCGGUGCCCUCGAGUGUUUCUUCGGCUAUGGAAUUGUGUGGCUUGUCAUGAGCGAACACAUCGCGCCGCUGCCCUAUUGGCAGAUGUGCGUGGUGCUGUGCAUGGCGUCGAACAGCAUGACAUGGCUGAACACGGCAGUGCUGGUAACGUCGAUGAGGAAUUUCCAGCAGAAUCGAGGGACAGUGGUGGGCAUCAUCAAAGGAUUCAUCGGCCUGAGCGGGGCCAUCUUCACGCAGUUCUACGUGACGCUCAUGACGGACAACCCCACGGCGCUGGUGCUCUUCGUGGCCCUGGGGCCGAGCCUCGUGUGCCUCACGGUCAUGUACUUCAUCCGGCCCGUGACCACGCCCGACGGGGCGCCGCCCUACUACGACCCCAAGGAGCACAGCGGCUUCGUCUUCAUCCAUGUCGUGUGCAUCUCGCUCGCCGUCUACCUCUUCGUCUCGACCUUGAGCGAGAAUGUCAUCGUCUUCACUCCUCUCGUGGCCCGCACCAUGCUCGCAGUGCUCGUCAUCUUCCUCUCGGCGCCGUUCCUCGUGCCUGCCAAAUUCCUGUUCGACAAACGAACGUGGAAGGCCGUGAACCAUCGCGAGCACUCCUACUCGUACGACGCGCUGCUGCCCCCGGGCGUGCACGAGCCAUUGCUGAAACCGACGGGCAACAAUGGGCAUGCCUCGAAAUCCAAAGCUGCUGCCGCCGCCGCCGGCGACGACGGCGACAUGCCCGUGUCCACGGGCGGCAUUCCUCCUCCUCCGAGCCGCGAUCGCUACCGCAUCGAGCCCGUGGCGUCGCAGUCCGACCUCUCGUACGACUCGGACCGAUCCAAGCACGAGCGCGCCUCAUUCAUGUGCCUGGCUCCCAACAAUCCCGACAUCGAGGGCGAUGCCGACGACUCCACUCUCCUGGCCGUGGGAGAAGGAGCGCUGCGGCGCAGGCGCAAAGGUCCUCAUCGCGGCGAGGACUUCACUCUCUCGGAAGCCAUGGUCAAGGCCGACUUCUGGCUCUUGUUUCUCACCUACUUCUGCGGCGUCGGCACCGGCACCACCGUUUCCAACAACAUGGGCCAGAUCGGCCUGUCCCAGGGCUAUGCGGAUGUGACCAUGUUCGUCUCUCUGUUCAGCGUGUGGAACUUCCUCGGUCGUCUGGGAGCGGGCUCUUUGUCGGAGCACUAUGUCAGGUCAUCGGCUAUACCUCGCACAGUCUGGUUGCUCGUAGCUCAGGCGGUCAUGAUUGUGGCACACCUGCUCUUGGCGACAGCUCUUCCAGGCUCUUUAUUUCUAGGAUCAAUGCUUCUUGGAUGUUCCUUCGGGGUGCAUAUUGCCAUCAUGGUGCCUGUGGCUUCAGAGCUUUUCGGACUCGCAAACUUCGGCGUCAUUUACAACUUCAUCACGAUUGGGAUGCCCAUUGGAUCUAUGCUCUUCUCCGGAGUCCUUGCAGGGUACAUAUACGAUAGAGAAGUUGAAAAGCAGAAAGGAGGCAACGGUGUCAUGGAGAAGGAGAUUGUGGCAAGCUUCUUGAACAAUUCGUAUCACCUUAUGUCCGAGGAGGCGGAAGAGACGGCAUGUAUUGGAGCACACUGCUUUAGAACAACUUUUAUCAUCAUGGCUGGGGUGAUGGUUUUUGGAAUGCUUGCCAAUUUGUUGCUCACGUACAGAAUCUGGCCCGUUUACAAAUCCAUGUAUCAAAACUCUCGCCCCAACUCCUCGGCCGCUCUAAAUGACGGAGAAAAUGGCGGUUCCAGUCCUCGAUCCACCAGACGAGACCUCCACUGAUCCUGAUAACGUAUCCGCAAUUUUAAAUAGUUAUAAAAUUUAGUCAAACUGCCCUAUACCCGCCAUCUGCCUCCUCCACAUCUGGGUCUGACAAAUAUGUAUCAUCCAUUUCCUCAACCAUGUAUUGGAACUCAGAAGCUCAAAUUCCGUUUCCAGGUUGGAUCCCACAAGACUAGUGCCAUUUUUGUAACUGCUGCGUUUGCCACUGAAAAUCCGCCCAGCAGUGUACUGAGCCAACCUCGCAGAGAUGUACGAUAGAAUCCUUCUAAUGGAAGAUCGACUUGAUCAGAUUGCUUGCGAACCGAUCUGGUUACCGAGCUUUCUAAGGAAAACACGUGUUGAUAGGCCUUGAAGUCUGCCCCUUUGCUAAGAAGAUCUCGACAUAUUGUCAACCUUCAUUCACAAGAAUUUGAUGACAUUGGUCCGAAGGUGAUCGUGGUACAGUCGAAUUCUAAAUCCGUGUGUUUUUUCUCUACGUGUCUUAUGGAUUCUCUUUUUGUAAAGUCGUAUUACUCUCUUUUUUUAUCAUAUGAUCAGUAGCA